AUGGAUGAGCUGUGGGUCAACUUGGAUGAAAAAGAUCGGCAGCUGUUGGACCAGCCUGACAGCCCGCAGUACUAUGCAUUGGAGGCUGGAAAGGAUGGGACUGAGGAUGGGGAGGACUUGGAAGGGCGCCGAAGUCGGGUGGCGUUGAUUCAGCAGCUCAGCAUGCUGAAUGUGGCGGAGCUCAAGAAGGAGUUGAGGGACAGGGGUGCGGCAGUGGGUGGCCGAAAGAUGGAGUUGGUGAGUCGCCUGGCAACGAUAGUGCAGGAGGGCCAGUCAGAGGGGCAGGACAGGCAGCUGGGCUUGGGGCGGGCGGCGGAGCCUGAGGCUGUGCUCAGCAGGUGGUCAGUGGAUGCACUCCAAGAAUUCCUGAGGUCAAGAGGUGCCACAUUCAGUGGAAGCUACUCUGAGCUGCUGGAGAAAGCGCGGAGCUUGUUGCAAAUGGAGACCAGGCGGUCAGAUGCCACAUGGGAAGAUGUUGAGACCCUGCUCCAGAAGCAGUUUGAGGCACAUCAACCCAACAAGCUGACAACUGAAGAGCUCAGACAGCGUGUUCAAGACUAUGGUUUGGGCUUGGAAGCCAGCAGCCGGAAUAGACAGGAUAUGCUGUCAGCUCUGGAGGCUGCCAUAGCACAGGAGGCAGAGGAGGCGAGCAACGCGAGGUUGAUGGCUGAUGGCCAAGUGGGCACCCUUAUCAUGGAGUGGUUCCAAUGCGAAAAGGAUGCCCUCAAGGAGGGUACCAUGUUGGCUAAGAUAGAAGACAUGCAGGCUGCAGAGCUGAUAUUUGAGCUGGACAGUCGCGGCCUAAGUACAAGAGGCAGUGAAGCUGUUCUUCGAAAGCAGUUGGAGGUGUUUCUGAUGGAAGAUUUGCAAAUUUCCAAUAAGGCUAUCUUGGCACUCGCCAUGAACCUGUCAGAAAAUGUGUUGGCUCUUGAUCACAGUAAAAUCCAGGCAGAGCUGGAGAUAAGGGGCUUCUCCUUGUUAGGAAACGAAGCUGCCCAGAGGGACCUGCUUGUGUGCCAGCUUGCUGAAGAAAUAAAGUUGCACCUUGGGCCGGUGUGGAAGAUGGAAGAUGUGAAGGACCUACCGGAGACCUACGAGGUCCCACAACUGCAGCAGGAGACAGUACAGAGCAGGGCUGCUGAACCAAAGGACCCAUUGAUCACUGUUGGUAUUCUUUUCGGUGGCCCAGGCCCUGGUGCCCAAGCCUCUCUCGAAAGUGCAUGGACACUGAUGGGGCACCUGCAGGCAUCCUUCAUUGGUGAUGAGCAGCCCGAAAAGUCCGACGAGCAGGACGAACAGGCAGAAGAAGGGUCAGGAAGCAAGGCUGGAAUCAAGGUGGUGCCUUACUUUGUUGAUGAGGAUGGCAAGUUUCAUAGGCUAUCCACUGCAGAGCUCUACGCAUGCACCUUAUGUGGGACUGGGGUGUCUGGUCAUGGGCUAGGUCAGCAACUUCAAAGCUGGGAGGAAUUCGUCAGUGAUGUCAGGAAGGGCGUAGAUGUGAUUUUCCCUGUUAUUCCUGGGGAGUAUGGUGAGCUAGGGGAGCUUCGAAAUAUGCUGAAGGCAUCCGGGGUGUCAUUCAUAGGCACACAUUCAGCCCAUGCACAUACAGCAGCCAACAAGUACAGGAUGAAUAAACGGCUGCAACAGGCAGGCUUCCCUGUGUGGCCUGUGUACAAGCUUGACAAAGAGGACAACCAAGCAGAACAUCGAGUGGGCUGGUGGCAAGGGAUUCAAAGAUGGUGCCAGUACCUUCAACGGCCCCCAAAAGAGUCUCAGUUUGUUGUUGGGCCAGCAGUUGCGGACAGCAGGGAGUGCAGCACUGUUGAAAUGGGACUGUCUGAAGCUGUAAAGAAGGCCAGGGCGCUGCUGACUGAGGGGCAAACUGAUUGUGCUGUGAUAGAGCCAGCCAUGGAUUGGAGCAAUUGCAGGCAGUUUUCGGUGGCUGUCUUGGACACAAAGGUUGGACCUAUUGCACUUCCUCCUACCGAACAUCAGUCCAUCGAUGAAGAUUUGCUGCAGCCCUUGACAAGUCAGAUUCGUCACUGCACACCACCAAAGCUGGACGGAAGCACGGUCAUGUCCAUCAGGAAAGGGGCAGCAAAGGCUUUCAAGGAGUUAGGACUGAGAGAUUAUGCCCUGUUCCAUGGGUACAUCCUGAUGCACGAAGAACCGGAGGACCCAGAUAAGCCUGUUGAAUUGCCGACCCCCAGACCCAUCCCAAAGGAGCCAUUUGGGUUGUCACCAGAAGAUCGAUUCGCACCUGAUGAGGAAGCAGAGAUUGCGGGGAUAGCCGCGGAAGCGAGGGAAGAGCAAGAAGCAUUCAGGCGCUCACUUGUGGAGGAGGGUGAUGUUGAGUGGGAGGGAAAGGCGCUCUUCCCCAUGAAUGAAGAGAUAGUUGAGGCAUACGAGAAGAGAUGGCAUGAGGUGCUUGUGGAAGAGGCUGGCACUGAUAAAGAUGGAGAGCCUGUUUUCGUGGGAUAUGGUGUGAAUGGGGCUGAGGCUAUUGAUGGCGGGGAUGACGAGACUGACCAUUCUUCUGGGUUCUUGCCCACUGUGGAUCUGGAUCGCGUCGACCCUUCGUUCGUGUGCGAUCAAGAUGGUUUUACAAUCCUGUUCUCCAGUGUGUCUACCACUGGUGGGCUUGAACCAUGCGGGCAGCUGUUUCAACAGGCUGCUCGUGUCGGCAUACCUCAUUCUUCACUGCUAAGACACCUGCUGAAUCUCUGGUUGACUCGGGAGGGCAGACCAGAAAUACCCACCUUGGAGGCAGAACCUUUCAAUCUCAAUCCCCUCCUCCCACAUAUGUAUCCUGUUCCCGACCUGGAUGAAGUGGAUGAAGAGGGAAUGACACUUCGAGAGGCAUACGAAACUCUUCCAUACGAGUUGAAGACUCGGGGUGUUCAACAACUGCUCUCGCAAGGUGGCGACUUUGCAGACGAAGCAUCUGUAUCAGGUGCUGCAGAGCCCGCUGAGCAGCCUUUGCAGGUGUGGGUCCUGUUUGGCGGCGACACCACUGGCAGACAGGUGUCCUUGAGGAGUGGGGUAAACGCUUGGCUAAAGUUGCGUCAGUUUCCCGAUGUCAUGGUGUUCCCCUUCCUGCUCGUUCCGGACUUUGCGUUGCUGCGUGACCCGGAACGGUUGAAGGCACUCAGGGCUGAGCAAAAGAGGUUUCUGGACAUGAAUGUCCCUGAAGACCAGCUGCCCAAAGAGUUGCAGUCAUCGUACAUCAGGAACCCAGAUCUUGAAGAUGGCGAACUCGAUUUCCGAGGCAUUUGGUGCUUGCCGUAUCAUGCAGCCCUGCAAGAUACAGUGGAGGAGAUGAUUGCAACGGCUGAGUACACCCAGAAAAUGGAAACCACAUCUGAGCACAGCCGCCAUCCUUACAUGGAGACGGGCCGGGGGGUGCAGAUGCAGACACAACUUGAACUGUACUCUGCUGGUUUUGAAGGGGUUGGUGGCCUGUGGGGUGGGGAUCCAAAUGACUUUGGAGCCCCUCCAAGGUUCAUGUUCCUGGAGGACUUUGCCAGCGAGGCAAAACAAGUUGGGGCUGUGGUUCACUUGUCCAUCCAUGGCGGCAUUGGGAGCGAUGGCACUCUUCAACAAUACCUGGAUGAAAGGGACGUCAUGUACACAGGCCCCAGCAGUACGGCAUGUGGCCUGUGCUCAGACAGGGCAGAGGCCACCUCAGCACUUCUUGAGCUUGAGGAUGAUGGGGUUACAGUCCUGCCCAACGAGGUGGUGCUCACAGCCGAUCUUGUGAAUUUGAUUGAGGAUGAUGCAGCUGUGGAGGAGUUCCUUCGCAAGCUGUUGAAGGGUGUGGGGGAGCCUGAAGCUCUGUGCAUAAAGCCACAGCCCAGUGAAAUGGGUGCGGGGGUGGCCAAACUGGAAUGUGCACAUGACCUCAAGAUGUUCGCAAAGGCCUUGAGGGAUCGUGACUAUGUUUUCACUGGUCAGAGGCUGUCAAGAGGUCACCCAACUGUGGUCCUACCUGACCCAUUGCCCAGCAAGUUUGUUGUGGAGCCGUUCAUUUCAGCUGAGGAUUCCAGCCCUUGGAUCGAAGUGGUGUUUGGGCUGCUGGGAGAUCUUGGGCAGAUGCGGGCCUUCACACCUUCGAUGAUCCUUCACAAGGACUGGGUUCGACUAUCGUUGGAGCACAGGUUCCUGAAGGGGCACGUCCCGAGCGUCACCCCCCCUCCCGCCGACCUCGUUCGCCCAGAGGUGGUCAAGGCUGCCAGGCUGAGGAUGGAGUCUGUUGCAGACCGUUUUGGCCUCAAGGGCGUCGCCUGCAUCAGCGCGUUCAUGCAUACAGAGACGGGCGAAGUCAUCGUGGAGGAUGUCAAUCCAGCUCCAAAUUUGUCAGCACAUUCAGUCCUUGUCCAGCAGGCCUUGCUUGAGGACGACCCCGUCCUUCCCGAGGAAUUAUUCCGCCAGGUGGUUCAACUGGCAUACACCCCGUCGCGAUACCUGGCCGGCGACAACCCGGGCAUGGAUGGAGCCGACUGGGAGGACUACACGUAUGAGAGCCUUCGGCCUGAGGUCGCGCCGGGCGAGUGGGACAUACCUCAGGGGGGUGGCUGGGGGCUCCCUGACACUGCUGACGACGAGUGGGCGGGAGACAUGAGUGAUGACGACCGCGUGACUUCGACGAGCGGCAUGAACCAGAGAGCGGGGCCGUCGGGCUCGGGGCAGGCAUGA